AUGUUUAUAUCUAACCAGGUUUCAACAGCAUUGUUGAGUAUUACGUCGUGGCUGGGGAUCCAGAUGGGAGUUUCAAGGUUGCCCCCGACAGUGGGGUUAUAUCUGUCGCAAAGUUGCUCGACAGCGAGCAUCAGGGACAAUACAACCUUGUUGUUAUGGCAACCGAUGUGGGACCAAUAUCGUCAAGGCAACGAACAUAUAGUGACGUCAUAAUUGAAGUUCUAGACGUCAAUGAUAAUACCCCACAGUUGAUAAUUCCUUCCCAGAUUUAUAUAGGAGAAGACACAGUUCCAGGAGAUUCUGUUUUCAAAGUUGGUGCUAUUGAUGCAGACAUAUCAGAUACUAACUUUGCAUUUUCGAUGACACCUGAUGACUCAGCAUUUUCCAUUGACCCAUACACAGGUCAAGUCAGUGUUGCCAAUGUUUUGAACAUAGAUAUAACAAGAAAAUAUAAUAUUUCUAUUCAAGUGCAGGAGAGGGACAUUUCCAACCCAUUCUCAUCGUCACAAAACUUUGAAAUAAUUCUCCUCGACGCCAACAACCAUGCUCCAUUGUUCACUACUCCCCCCGGUGGAUAUUCUGCGAGAAUAUCCGAAGAUCUCCCAGUGGGAAGUUUAGUGAUCAACAUCGAAGCAAGAGAUAUGGAUGAUGGUUUAAAUGGAAAAGUUAAAUAUAAGAUUGUGGGGUUUGAUAAACCUGAUCAACUCUUCACUGUGGAUGCAUAUACUGGUUCCAUUUACCUUGUUGGAAACUUGGAUUACGAACAAACUCCAAACCACUUGGUCACCAUUGAAGCUUGUGACCAGGGCAAUCCACCACUUUGUUCAAUGAUGAAUAUCACUGUUGAGUUGGACGAUGUAAAUGAUAUGCCACCUGUUGUGUUGCCUUCAUCAACCACUGUUGAAUUAAUGGAAGGAAUUACUAAUGUUAUUGUUGCCCAGUUGACGGCAUCAGAUGGCGACACAAGUGAAGGCGGAAAUGUUGACUUUCGUAAUAUAGUUGUGGUGGCCGUUGAUAAUGAUGAUGUUUCCACCACUAUAAGUGACUCUCCAUUCACUUUAUCCCAUGAUGGUGUUGUUAUGUUGGUUGGGUCAAUAAACAGGGAGGAAGUCCGACAUUAUUCACUUGUAGUUACUGCUGUAGACAGAGGCCAACCCACAUUAACUGGCACAGCGUCUAUCAUUGUAAAAGUGGGCGAUAAAAAUGAGUUCCCGCCCGUAUUUCAACCCGUUAGUUAUCGAGUGAAUAUCAGUGAAGAUGUUGAUGUUGGUACACCAGUGGUUACCGUGGCAACCGUGGAUAGAGAUGCGGGGGAUUAUGGUGUGGUCAGGUAUUCAAUAUCUAAUAUUGAGAACGUUCCUUUCGUUAUCAAUCCAAGCACGGGACUCAUAAGCACAAGGUCAAGAUUAGACCGAGAAACUCAGGGAAGUUAUAUCCUUCAAGUUGUGGCAAGUGACAGCCAAGUUGAAUCUAACAGAAGAACAUCCACCACUGAAGUGAUGAUAACAUUGGAUGAUGAAAAUGAUAAUCCACCAAUGUUUGAAGAUCUUGUUUAUGAAUUCUACACUCACACUUCAGUAUCACAAUGCGGGGUCGUGUUUGCAUCUGAUGCUGACAUAGGUUUCAAUGGGGAUGUCACUUACUCCAUUAUUCCAACUCUCGCCUUCCUUCCAUUCAAUAUCCACCAACAAACUGGGGUCAUAACAAGCACUUCAACUCUCACGUCACCCAUAUAUAACUUUACUAUUACAGCCAGCGACGGUGGCGUUCCAGCGUUAACUAGUUCUACAAACGUGCUGAUCAGAACAACCAAUGCAGCUAAACCUGUGUUCACACAAUCACCCACCACACCCGUGUCAAUACAUGAGAAUUCACCAAUGGAUGGGAACAUUAUUGCCGAGUUUCAAGCAACAACAGCUAGAGUUGGGGCUGGAAAUAUUGAAUAUUUUCUGCGUGGUGGCAACUUAUACAACUCAUUUUCACUGGACCGAAACACUGGUCAACUUGUGUUGAAUAACAAUCUGGAUUUUGAAAAAACCUCAUCAUUUCAUCUCAUUGUUGAAGCGCAAGACACAGGGUUGCCCCCAGUUUCAAGCUUGGCCAAUUUAACAAUAAAUGUUGUUGAUAGAAAUGACAAUCCACCAAUCUUCACCAAACAUCUUUACACUGGCCAUGUAUUGGAGAAUGGAGCAACAAACCAAGUCAUAACUGCAGUAUUGGCAUCAGAUCUAGAUACAGGAAGAGGUUGUAUGGUGAGGUAUUCAUUGAGGCGAGAUGAAGAUUCUGACAAGUUUCAAAUCGAUCCAAACGUUGGAACCAUUAGGAACCUGGUCUCAUUUGAUAGAGAGGAAAAGCAAUCAUAUUUUUUGACCGUUGUUGCGAAGGACGAAGGUUCUCCUGUGCUCUCUACCACCACUGGUGUUCAUAUUAUUAUUGAAGAUAUCAAUGAUGAAUCACCUUUCUUCACCAAGCUAAUCAGCGCAACUGUGAGGGAAGAUGCAGCCAUCGGGGAUUAUGUUAUUCAAGUGACAUCAACUGAUAAAGACAGUGAGCAAUUCUCAAUGAACCGAUACCGACUAAGAAACAACGAAAACCAAACCUUCUCCAUCAAUCCUUUGUCAGGGUGGGUGGUGGUGAACAAAUUACUGGAUGCUGAAACACAGCAAUUAUACCAGCUUGAAGUUGAAGUCUAUGACGAUGCAUGGUCUACACAUACAUCUAUUCAUAUUAAUGUGAUCAACAUAAACGACAAUCCACCAAGAUUCACAACAAGCAGCCAAGUGGUUGAUGUUCCAACACACACCACCAGUGGUACACAGUUGACGAUUGUCUCAGCAGUUGACGCAGAUGUUGGACCAAGACAAAAUAUCGUUUACAAGAUGGAAACUCCUAAUGACUUGUUACAUAUCGACCAAUUAUCGGGGGAAGUUUUCGCAAACCAAGAUUUAACCUGCAGUCUUACACCAGGAUACAAAGACUCGUGCCCCUACACGACCACCACCACUAUAUCAGCAUCAGACACAGGAUCACCUCCUCUAUCUUCAUCUAUGAUCUUAACCAUCCACAUCCGACCACCCAACCUCCAUCCUCCUGUAUUCCAAACUCCAACAUCAACUAUCGCUCUUCUGAGGACAUCACCCAUCGGAACUCAAGCUGCCACCAUCCAUGCUACAGAUGAUGAUCAUAACUCGAUACUUUCCUAUCAAAUAUCAGGACAGCAUUCAUCUUAUUUCACGAUCAAUGAAACCACCGGUUUAAUAACUACAACAAGGAACAUUGGUUUCAAUUCGAGAAGUAAACUGAAUAUAGUUGUCACGGCAACGGAUAAUGGCAUACCACCCAGAUUUAGUGAAAGGAAUUUACAAUUUGAAGUCUCAGAAACCAACUCAUACGGUCCGAAUUUUUCCCGCCAUCUCUUCACGGCAUCUUCAUUACCGGAAAACUCAAGAAUCGGACGAAAAGUUUUUGUGGCGCAAGCUCUUGACAAUGAUCUGGGAAUCAAUGGGGAGGUUUGGUACAGCUUCGAUAAUAUAGUUGAUUCUUCCAAACCAUUCUCUAUUGAUGCUAACAAUGGAUCGAUUGUGACAACACAAGCAUUGGAUUAUGAAGAAGUUCAAUCGUAUUCCCUCACCAUCAUAGCCACUGACCGCUCGGUGUCACCAAGGAGCACCCACGCCACGCUGAUUAUCCCGAUCACAGAUGUUGAUGACAACCCGCCGAAGUUUAAUUCAUCGUGUUAUAUCGGUUACAUCCCCGAGAAUUCCCCGCCAGAAACUGUGAUAAUGAGAUUAUCAGCAAUGGAUAUAGACACAGGAGAGAACGCCAUUAUACAAUACAGUGUUCACCCUCAACAGUUAAUACUUGUGCGGUCGCUUACUGGUGACAUAUAUACUUCACCUGGCACUGCAUUAGAUUAUGAAACACAAAACUCUUUUCAUUUAACUGUAACAGCGGAAAGCGAUUCCUUAACAAGCCCACCAAGUUCUUUGAUCAUUCAAGUUACUGGAAUCAAUGAGUUUAAACCACAAUUAGUUUCUUCAACUUUAAACCUGGUGUCUUCUGUCACUGGAAACCAAGGCAAAGUAAUAGGAAGAUUGGAAGCCACAGAUCCAGAUGGCGGACAAGAUGGAAAGAUUUCCUUUUACUUGGCAGGAUGGAGUGAAGGGUUGGGGUUUGUGGUCAAUUCAACAACAGGAGAUAUCUCUGUCAGCCAAGGUGCUAUGUUAACACUUGGUGAACAAAUAAGUUUAACAGUAUUUGUCAAAAAUCCGGGGUUGUCAAAUUCAAGUGACAUCUCACAAGCGUCAGUUGUAGUCACCGUUGUCACUGAUGAAUGCAUUAGAAGUCCUUGUAUGAACGGUGCUGUUUGUGAAGACAGGAUAAAUACUUUUGCAUGUGUGUGCGCACCAGGUUACAGCGGUUCUGUUUGUGAGACGGAGAUUGAUGAAUGUUCGUCCAACCCAUGUUUAAAUGGAGGUUCAUGCGCCGAUCAAGUCGCAUCGUUCACUUGCGUAUGUGCACCUGGUUAUACUGGCCAUACAUGCGACACUGAUAUUGAUUAUUGCCAAGAUGAACCUUGUUUCAAUGGAGGUUCUUGCAUAGAUGGCAUUUUAACCCACACAUGCGUUUGCCAAUUUGGUACAACUGGAAGAAAUUGUGAAGUCAACAGUUUAGGAUUUGAACCAUUAUCAUAUCUUGGCAUGCCAACACUUAACAGCCAAUCCAACACAAUUUUCUUGGAAUUUGCAACAGUGUCAUCUUCUGCCCUUAUCUUGUACAACCAUGGUGGAAACUCAAGUGCUUUGUUUGUUGCCAUGGAAUUAUUACGAGGAACAUUACGUGUGUCAUACAGCUUCAAUAAUAUUAGAAUAUACCGACACAGCGUCGGUACGAACCUUAACAAUGGAAUUUUCCAUUCCGUGAGAUUUACUCUCAGCCAAUCAGGCGCCUCGAUUAACGUGGAUAAUUGUUUGAUAACAAACGACAUUGCGGGUGAUUGUUCCAUCACAGUUGCCCACACACCACAUGAACCAUUGUUAGAUUUAUCGACACAACCAUUAUACAUCGGUGGGGUGCCUCAUGUUCAGGAUAUAUUGGACCAUCCUGGUCAGGUUUCAUCCAUGGAUUACGUCGGUUGCAUUCGCUCAAUGGUUAUCAACUCAAUGAGCAUUUAUUCUGUGUCCUCACAUUUUAUCGACCAAUCAAGCGGUGUCACUGAUGGCUGCGUGAGGUCUAACAGCACAUCUGGUGUUGGCUGUGUAGAAGAUACGUGCGGUGCAGGACAAUGUACCGAUGCGUGGUCCGAUGUAAUAUGUGAUUGUCCUGUAGGUACGGCGGGGAAAAACUGCAAGGAGAAACAGAUUGGAACUACAUUUUCUGGUUCAAAUUAUCUUUCGUUUGCUUUCCAACCUUCUUAUGUCCGUGAAAGCUUGCUAGCGACAUCCGGUGCUUUAUAUAGUGGAGGUAAUAGGAAGAAACGAAGCACGCAAGUAAUAGAAUCUUCUGUUGAAAUUACGUUUCGAACACGAAUGUCCGGGCUUCUACUAUUUAUUAACUCAACAUCAAACGACUUCAUCUCUUUAUAUGUAAACAAAUCAGACGUUUAUUUUCAUUACGAAACCAGCAGUGGGGUAGAAGUGCAAAAAGUUGAAGCUUCUGUGAGCGAUGGAGCUUGGCAUAGUGUUAGGUUGCAAGCCACCCAAGUUGCUGGAGCUGCCACCUUCAAUUUGAGCUUGGACGGGAUUUCUAAACUUUAUGAAUCUUUCAUGGGGAAAAUCACAGCCUUUACUGAUCCAAGUCUGGUUCAGAAUAUAUACGUUGGUGGCGCACCUGAGACUUUAUCAAAUACAUGGUCACCGUUAAAUGGUUGUAUUCUACAUUUCUUAUUAAACGAUCAACAACAACCACUAAGUUAUGACAUCACAAGUGGAUUGUUGGUUCUAGAACAAACUGUUGGUUCGAGUUCUACAAUGCCGGGUUGUCGUGGCAACGAUGUGUGUGCGUCAAACCCAUGCCCACACGAUCAAUAUUGCAACGAUAUUUGGGAAAAGUUUGAAUGCAUUCCUCUUGGUGGUUGUGCUUCUUCACCUUGUCUCAACCAAGCCUCUUGCAUUCCAUUCAACAAUGGUAGCUACGCAUGCUCGUGCUCAACUUAUUAUAUGGGCAACUUAUGUGAGACGUAUAUACCAUGUUUAAUGGUGGAUUGUAGCACAAAAGGAACAAACCAAGUUUGCGUUUCUAAUGGUUUACCUGGAGGUACAACAUGCGCCUGCAAAAGUGGUUACUUUGAUCUUAACGACUUCUGUGUCCCUGUAUCGGUUGCUACGGCUGGUAUUGGAUGGUGGGCGUACGUGGUCAUUGGGCUGGUUGGGUUGCUUGUGUUUGCACUCGCUAUAUGGUGUGUAAGACGCAGAUACUUCAAUUUGGAACAAAAGGGUGAAAACGGAAAUCUACAAAACAGGAAGAAACUGCAGACCAUUACACCCAAGUUAAAUGGUAACAAUACAAAUGGACGAAACAACUCCAGUUAUGAGUUUGACACGAUAACUCGAACGCAACUUCCAUCUUUACCUCGUCCCGAUAUUUUAUCUGAAGAUGUUCUUAUAGUAGAUGAGGAAGCCUUCAGUAAUUACGCCGAGUGUCAUAAUGAUGUUUGUGACGAUUCACCUACACCACAGAUUGCUGACCACAACGACAACAUCCCAAACACCGAGGAGGAAGCAAACAAACGUUCGUCCCCCCUCCCCACGUACUCCGUUGUGAUGAACAGCAGAGGACCACCCACACUUCCCCCAAUGUAUGAGAGCGAGCGUGAUUCGAACCUCGAACAAGCGUACAAGACCACACAAGGCCUCAACCACGCAUAUAACACCACACAAGGCCUCAAUAAUGCAUAUAAGACAACCACAAGUCCUCCUCUCAGCAUUAUCAGCUCUUCCUCAAUAGCUCGUCCAUCUCCCCCGUCUUCAAGAUCAUCAACAAGCCAACAUCGUAUCAGCGAUCGCAUGGGUGCUUCCCCACCACCGAGAAUGCCACUGUUAAAACACAAACCACCAGUCCAUGCAGACCAACCAACCAACACAUUAAAACAAACUCCAUCCAGAACCCGCCAUGUCUCGGGAUCAGCUGCGUCGUCAACAACAACAACAUCAUCAAUAUCACAAGACAACAUUCAACCAGCUUCUAUUGAAGAUAUGGUGCAGCAUUUAAACGGCCUGGUCGGCCUAACUAGAGAAGAGAUUGAACUUUUAAACGAAAACCCCGGGAACCCGCCAAGUUACCCCAGCUCCACCACCGGGAGCGUAAUGAGCAGUUACCCCCCAUCUGUCGAACCCCCGCGAUCUCGGAAACCAUCCGCGCUGCAAGGGGGGAUCGCUCGUCCCUCCUCGCUUCCUGGAAGAAGGAUCGACCGCAUCCAUCUCUCUGGGAGGAGCAGGACACCCAUGAUGAUGCCACCAUCUUAUGAAAUGAAGUACAAGAUCCCUCUUGAUCUCCAGCCAUCCCAGUUCCUCCAACCUCCGGACACAAGCUCCGACGAGGAGGAUUUUGAUUCCUUUAAGAUCAACUCCGGAUGUGAGACAGAGACUUCGAGAGUUGACCCGAACAUUAACUUGGAGAAGCUGAUAAGUUUAGGUCCGCAUAAAUACGAAGCACUCGCCGCAGUAUUUGCUGAUCUUUCGAUGCUGCCAAGGAUUGAUGAAACUGAAUCCCUGCCAAGUAAACACGUCGUGACGUCAUCGCCCUUCCAUAACAUGACGUCACCGACGUCAUCAGUUACUUCAUACCAAUCAAAACACCGGAUUUCGUUUUCUUCUGGAUCGAACGCUUCCGGGUCUAGAACGUCAUCAAGAACGGGACAUGGCCAACGGACAAGACAGGAACAUUACGUGUAAUAUGCUACGUAUAAUAUAGUACUGUGUGGUAAGCUGGGCAUGUUUUCGUUCUUUUUCGGGUCCUAUUUGAUAGUAAACAAUAGUUAAUGUAAAAUGAAUUAAAUAACCGUAUCCUUAACGGCUCUUAAGUCGAGACCAUUGUCAACCCCCCACCCCGGGAUCAGUAAACACGGGAUUUCGAUGCUAACGGUAUCCCAUCUUACCGCACAGUACUUUAACAUAAGUCUUCCGCAGUGCAAAGUGCAAUGCAGACUUCCUUUUGCUUGACUCUUCAUUAUGGUUCCGUCUGCCUCUUAUUAUUUCGACCAUACACAGCUUUGUUGCCCUUGCCUACAAUUGCAUUGUAAACUUUUCGUUAUUUUAUAUUUCGUCCUAUGUUAUUUUGUAUACCAAAGAUCUAAGUUCACGUAUA